AUGACAUCCCAAAUCGACAAUAUGAGCCUCGAAGCCCACUUUGAGGCGUGUUGGAGCAUAAGCUGGUACGCCCGCUACAAAUGCGCGCGGAGCAACUUUUCAGGCGUCUGGGUAGGGCCCUCUGUCCCCGUCGAGGUCGUUGACCUCUGGAAGCGCUGCGACUGGCAUGACCUGCUUAAUGGAACUGGUGGAGUCCCGGCCGAAAACACUUACCGUCAAAUCAUUGAGAACUUGAAGUCUUUGCCGGAGGACGAGAGGAAGAUCACAAACUACCUCUGCGGAGCAGUCCCCAUGGAAAGCAUGCCAAUGUACGACCGGCCAGAUGGGCCAUAUUGGCGCGCCACUCGCGCUCACAACGUGCUGCACAAGGACGUUCGCACUUUUGAGGAAAAGAAGCUGGGGGUCAUGGAAACAAGCCUUUGA